UCCUUGUUUCUUCCUUUGACAACUCUCUCUCUCUCUCUCCACUAAACCCUCGAUUCUUGGCCUCCACGUUAACCCUACUCCCAAGAAAUCCCCAUUUUUCCAUUGACUCUAUAAACUUUGACUUCAUUACAUCUUUUCCAUCCUUUAUAACCUCAAAAAUCUCAUCUUUAGUAGUAUCCAACUGCACCCUUUUCAUCAUAGAAUCUCAGUAGCGAAAAAAAAUCAAAUUUUUAAUCAUGUUGUUUUCUUUGUCUUCUUCCACUUCACUCAUGAACCUUGCUACUGAUUUUCUUCUGAAGCCAAUUUUCCUUCAUGGGUUGUCUAGUGUUCUUCAUAUACUGUUGCUAGUGGGGGUUUUGGUUUCAUGGGUUUGGAAAAGGGUUGCAGCUGGUGUUGGGAAUGUUGGGAAUGAGACCAAGGAGGAGAAACCAAAUAGUACUUUGUUUAAAGUGACAAAGUUUUGUUCUAUUGGUUUUUCUUCUUUCAAUUUUGUUUUGUUUCUUGUUAAUUAUUUUUACUGGUAUACUAGUGGUUGGUCAGAAGAAAGGCUUGUUACUCUUUUUGAUUUAGGUUUGAAAACAGUUGUUUGGUGUGUUGUUUGUGUUUGCUUUCACAAAGGGUUCUUGUUUUUCUUCAGUUCAAGUCAGAGAAAAAGAAGGUUUCCGGUUAUCUUCAGAGCUUGGUGUGUCUUUUUUCUAUUUGUUUCAUGUUAUUGCUUUGUGGUUGACAUUGUUGUUUUGUAUGAAAAUCGCGUUGAGUUAACCGUUCGAAGCAUUGUUUCGGAUGUGGUGUCGGUUUGUGUUGGUUUGUUCUUUUAUUAUGUCGGGUUUUGGGUGAAAAAUGAGAUUGGAGAAGGUGAUAGAACCCUUCAAGAACCUCUUUUGAAUGGUGAUACACAUGUUAGUAAUGGUAAUGGUAAUGCCUUGGAGUUGAAAGAGACUAAAGGAGGUGACACACUUACCCCUUAUUCAAAUGCUGGAAUUUUGAGCCUUCUCACUUUCACAUGGGUGGGUCCAUUGAUAGCAUUUGGCAAUAAGAAAGUCUUAGACCUUGAGGAUAUUCCUCAGCUAGAUAGUGGAGAUAGUGUGGUUGGAGCUUUUCCAACUUUUAGUGAAAAACUUGAAGCUGAUUGUGGUGCAGUCAAUAGAGUAACCUCACUUAAGUUAGUUAAGUCAAUAAUACUCUCAGGGUGGAAAGAGAUUCUUUUCACUGCUUUUCUUGCACUGUUAAACACUUUUGCUAGUUAUGUCGGUCCUUAUCUUAUUGAUUCUCUUGUUCAAUAUCUCGGUGGAAAAAGGCUAUAUGAGAAUCAAGGCUAUGUCUUGGUUUCUGCAUUUUUCCUUGCAAAGGUUGUAGAGUGCUUUACACAAAGGCAUUGGUUCUUUAGGUUGCAGCAACUCGGACUUCGUAUCCGAGGACUGCUCGUGACUAUGAUUUAUAAAAAAACCUUAACACUUUCAUGUCAAUCAAGGCAGUGUCACACUUCUGGAGAAAUAAUCAAUUUCAUGACUGUUGAUGCUGAAAGAGUCGGUAUAUUCAGUUGGUACAUGCAUGAUAUGUGGUUAAUAGUUUUGCAAGUUGCGUUGGCGUUGUUGAUUUUGUAUAAAAACCUUGGACUUGCUUCCAUUGCUGCUUUUGUUACGACCAUCAUUAUUAUGUUAGCGAAUGUUCCGUUAGGAUCAUUGCAAGAGAAGUUUCAAAAAAAUUUGAUGGAGUCAAAGGACACAAGAAUGAAGACGACGUCUGAAAUUUUAAGAAACAUGAGGAUCCUUAAACUACAAGGAUGGGAAAUGAAGUUUCUAUCUAAAAUAACCGAGCUUAGGGAUGCAGAACAAGGCUGGUUGAAAAAAUUUCUUUAUACUUCAGCCAUAACUACAUUUGUCUUUUGGGGCGCACCUACAUUAGUAUCUGUGGUUACUUUCAGUACUUGUAUGGUUAUAGGGGUCCCACUUGAAUCCGGGAAGAUUCUGUCAGCACUUGCAACGAUCAGGAUUCUUCAAGAGCCUAUUUACAAUCUUCCAGAUUUAAUUUCAAUGAUAGCACAAACUAAAGUUUCUGUUGAUAGGAUCGCGUCAUUCCUUCGUCUCGAAGACUUGCAGUCUGAUGUUGUAGAAAGACUUCCUCAGGGUAGUUCUGAUACGGCAAUUGAAGUGGCCGAUGGGAAUUUUUCAUGGGAUUUAUCUUUGCCUAAUCCAACUUUACAGAACUUAAAUCUCAAGGUUUUUCAUGGCAUGAAGGUUGCGGUUUGUGGUACUGUUGGAUCAGGCAAGUCGACUUUACUCUCUUGUCUACUCGGAGAAGUUCCAAAGGUAUCAGGUACCGUUAAGGUUUGUGGAACAAAGGCUUAUGUUGCUCAAUCACCAUGGAUUCAAAGUGGCAAGAUAGAGGAUAAUAUAUUGUUUGGUGAAGAAAUGGUCAGGGAAAGGUAUGAGAAAGUACUUGAAGCAUGUUCCUUAAAAAAGGAUUUGGAAAUCUUAUCAUUUGGGGAUCAGACGGUUAUAGGCGAACGUGGGAUAAAUUUGAGUGGUGGACAGAAACAAAGAAUACAAAUUGCUCGCGCUCUUUACCAAGAUGCUGAUAUCUAUCUAUUUGAUGAUCCUUUUAGCGCUGUGGAUGCUCAUACAGGAUCUCACCUUUUCAAGGAAUGCUUGCUGGGUGUUUUAAGUUCGAAAACCGUUGUUUAUGUUACUCAUCAAGUGGAGUUCUUACCUACUGCUGACCUUAUAUUGGUCAUGAAAGAUGGAAAAAUAACUCAAAGUGGAAAGUAUGCUGAUUUGCUUAACAUUGGAACCGAUUUUAUGGAACUUGUUGGUGCACAUAGAGAAGCUUUGUCUACACUUGAAUCAUUGGGUGAGGGAAAAGCAUCUAAUGAAAUAAGUAAGUUAGAACAAGAAGUAAAUAUCUCCGGCACUCAUGAAGAGGUAAACAAAAAUGAGCAAAAUGGUAAAGCAGAUGAUGAUACAGGCGAACCGAAAGGCCAACUCGUUCAAGAUGAAGAAAGGGUGAAAGGUAAAGUUGGGCUUUCAGUCUAUUGGAAGUAUAUCACAACUGCAUAUGGAGGAGCUCUCGCACCGUUCAUAAUAUUGGCUCAGAUUCUUUUUCAAACUCUUCAAAUUGGAAGCAACUAUUGGAUGGCUUGGGCAACUCCAGUCUCCGCAGAUGUAGAGCCACCAGUUACAGGAACAACUCUUAUUGAAGUCUAUAUUGGUUUGGCCAUUGGAAGUGCUUUAUGCAUUCUUGUUAGAGCAUUGUUACUCGUUACAUUCGGCUAUAAGACAGCUACUAUACUCUUCAAUAAAAUGCAUUUGGCCAUUUUUCGCGCCCCAAUGUCGUUUUUUGAUUCUACUCCAAGUGGCCGGAUCCUUAAUAGAGCUUCAACUGAUCAAAGUGCAGUGGAUACAGACAUUCCUUAUCAAAUUGGCUCAUUUGCCUUCUCCUUGAUCCAGCUUCUAGGAAUUAUAAUAGUGAUGUCUCAGGUUGCAUGGCAAGUUUUCAUCGUCUUUAUUCCCGUGAUAACAGUUAGCCUUUACUAUCAGCGAUUCUAUUUACCAUCUGCUCGUGAACUAUCACGUUUAUGCGGAGUAUGCAAAGCUCCUAUCAUUCAACACUUUGCAGAAACAAUUUCUGGUACUUCAACCAUUAGAAGCUUUGAUCAACAGUCAAGAUUUCAUGCAGCAAACAUGAAACUGACGGAUGGGUAUUCUCGGCCAAAGUUCAAUAUUGCUGCUGCUAUGGAAUGGUUAUGCAUUCGCUUAGAUAUGUUGUCUUCCAUCACAUUUGUCUUUUCCUUGAUGUUCUUGAUAUCGAUUCCACCGGGAAUCAUAAAUCCAGGCCUUGCUGGUCUAGCAGUUACCUAUGGACUGAAUUUAAAUCAAAUACAAGCUUGGGUGAUAUGGAAUAUUUGCAACUUGGAGAACAAAAUUAUAUCUGUAGAAAGGAUACUUCAAUAUACAAGCAUUCAAAGUGAACCUCCCCUUGUUUUAGAAGAAGAAAAUAGACCAGAUCCUUCUUGGCCCGCAUAUGGCGAGGUUGAUAUACGGAAUUUGCAGGUUCGAUAUGCUCCACAUCUUCCGCUCGUGUUGCGUGGCCUGACAUGCACGUUUCGUGGAGGAUUGAAAACUGGCAUUGUUGGAAGAACAGGAAGUGGCAAAUCAACACUUAUACAAACACUUUUCCGACUCAUCGAGCCUACUGCCGGGGAGGUUAUCAUUGACAGCAUCAACAUCUCUGCAAUCGGACUGCAUGAUUUGAGGUCUAGACUAAGCAUCAUUCCGCAGGAUCCAACUAUGUUUGAGGGGACUGUGAGAAGUAAUCUGGACCCUCUCGAAGAGUACAACGAUGAUCAAAUAUGGGAGGCCUUGGAUAAGUGCCAACUCGGAGAUGAAGUUAGAAAGAAAGAAGGAAAGCUUGACUCAUCAGUUACUGAGAAUGGUGAGAAUUGGAGCAUGGGUCAGAGGCAAUUGGUUUGCCUUGGUAGGGUUCUGCUUAAGAAGAGCAAGAUUUUGGUGCUUGAUGAAGCCACUGCAUCAGUUGAUACAGCUACAGAUAAUUUGAUUCAACAAACUCUUAGGAAGCAUUUCACGGACUCUACCGUCAUUACCAUCGCACAUCGAAUAACUUCUGUUCUUGACAGUGAUAUGGUUCUACUUCUUGAUCAAGGACUUAUUGAGGAGUAUGACUCACCAACCACAUUGCUAGAAGAUAAGUCAUCAUCUUUUGCUAAGCUUGUUGCAGAGUAUACCAUGAGGUCCAACUCCAAUUUUGAGUAAUCUGCUGAUCACAGAUUGAAGUCUACCGUCCGAAAUAAAAGUUUCUUGAUGAAGACCAAAAUAUUGGGGGAAGGGGAUAGUAUCUUAUCAUUAGUGUUUGUAGUUCUUUUUGCAUUAAGCAUGUUUGAUAGAAAAAUGUAAUAUAUGAGAAUAAGGCUUUGAAUUGUUCAACUUCAAAAAAAUUUCAAGGCUAAAGGAAAUUUACUUGAGGCAAGAAUCACCGAAUGAAACCAAAUCUAAUUAUUCAAAAUGCAUUAAUACUAUCACGGUA